UCCGUCACUCAUGGGAAAGCAUAAGCAACAAGUCAUUUCCCGCUUCUUCGCCCCGAAACCCCCUCCCGACUCCUCCUCCUCCGCUGCCCCCAAACCGUCCCCCAAAAUCACCACGACCGUCUCCUUCUCCCCUUCCUCCAAGCGCUUCCUCCAAACCCUACCCUCCCCUUCCCCUUCCUCGAAGAAGCCCAAACCCUCUCCCCCCUCCCAUGCCCUAACCCUUCUCCCUCCCCCCAUCUCCAACCCUUCUCUCCACCAAAAGUUCCUCUCCAAGCUCCUCGACCCCCCCUCCUCCUCCGCCCCCAGAACGCUACCCCAAAACCCUAAAUACACUCCGCUCGAGCAACAGGUCCUCGAGCUCAAGUCCAAGUACCCCGACGUCCUCCUGAUGGUCGAGGUUGGGUACAAGUAUCGUUUCUUCGGGGACGAUGCCGAGAUCGCCGCUAGGGUUCUGGGGAUCUUCGCACAUGUUGAUCGGAAUUUCCUUACGGCGAGUGUCCCGACGUUCCGGUUGGGAUUCCACGUGCGGCGGCUUGUUGGCGCCGGGUAUAAGGUCGGGGUGGUGAAGCAGACGGAGACGGCUGGGAUCAAGGCACACGGCCCGAACCGGGCCGGGCCGUUCUCGCGGGGAUUGUCGGCUCUGUACACGAAAGCGACGAUCGAGGCGGCAGAGGAUAUGGGAGGCAGAGGAGAGGAAGGGAUGGAGGCAGAAAGCGGGAAUUAUCUCGUGUGCGUUGUGGAGAAGGAUGCUUUGGUUGAGAACAAGGAUUGUCGGAUAGAAGGGGGUUUCGAUGUGAGAGUGGGUUUUCUUGCGGUGGAGGUUUCGACUGGAGAUGUUAUUCAUGGGGAGUUCAAUGACAAUGCUAUGAGGUCGGGGCUCGAGGCAGUGAUUUUGAGCUUGUCACCCGCCGAGAUUCUUUUGGGAGAGCCUCUCUCGACUGCGACAGAGAAGCUGCUAUUGGCAUAUGGUGGACCUUCGUCUAAUGUACGAGUUGAGCGCACGUCGCGAGGCUGUUUUAAAGAUGGGGGCGCACUUGCUGAAGUGAUGGCCUUAUAUGAGAACUUAGAUGAUAAUGCUCUGAUUGUUAAUGAUACACAAACAAUGGAGGCACUAAGAGAGGAAAAGCAGCUUCAAGGAAUCGAGGGAAUUAUGGUCUUGCCCGAGCUAGUCAUUCAGGCGUUGGCUUUGGCCAUUCGUUACCUCAAGGAGUUUGGCCUUGAACGAAUAAUAUGUUCUGGUGCUUCAUUCCGGCCCUUUUUGAGCAAAGUUGAAAUGACUUUGUCUGCAAACACACUUCAGCAGCUUGAGGUAUUGAAGAAUAAUUCUGAUGGUUCUACUGAAGGAUCGUUACUCCAAAUUAUGAAUAGUACUUGUACAGCAUUUGGAUCCAGACUUUUGAAACACUGGUUGACGCAUCCCUUAUGUGAUAGAAACUUGAUAUAUGCUCGUCUUGAUGCGGUAUCAGAGAUUUCGGAAUCUAUGGGAUCAUGUAGAGAAUCACACGACAAGCACAUGCAGGAAAGUGAGACUUCCUGUAAUUUGGUUGUGCACUCUGAGUUGGGUUCUGUUCUUUCUUCAGUUUUAACUAUGCUGGGAAGGUCACCUGAUGUUCAAAGAGGAAUAACAAGAAUAUUUCACCGUACAGCCACACCAAAGGAGUUCAUUGGGGUUAUUCAAGCUAUCCUGACAUCUGCUAAGCAACUACAAGUGCUUCACGUUGAAGAUGACGGCGUUGUACUAUCACAACAGAGAAAAGUUAAUUCUGGCCUUUUGAGAAGACUAAUUUGUACGACUUCAUCAUCUACUAUAAUUGCUCAUGCUGUGAAACUUCUAUCUUGUCUUAACAAAGAUGCUGCUGAUCAAGGAGAUAUGUUGAAUUUAUUUAUUACUUCAAAUGAUCAGUUUCCUGAGGUUGCAAGGGGUCAUAUAGCUGUCAAGAUGGAAACAGAGAAGCUGCAUUUAUUACUUCCUCAAUACCAAAGGCAGCUCCAUUUGCGCAACUUAGAGUUCAAGACAAUUUCUGGGACAACACAUUUGAUAGAACUGCCUUCAGAUGUGAGGGUUCCUUUAAACUGGGUAAAAGUUAGUGGCACAAAGAAAACAAUCCGAUAUCACCCUCCUGAAGUAUUGAAGGCAUUAGAUGAGUUAGUGCUUGCUAAGGAAGAGCUUGCAGUUACCUGCAGGACCACGUGGGAUGGUUUUUUAAUGGGAUUCGGAAAAUACUACUCUCAGUUUCAAGCAGCUGUUCAAUCUCUAGCUGCUUUGGACUGUUUGCAUUCACUUUCAACUCUUUCAAGAAAUCAGAAUUAUGUGCGACCGGUAUUUGUUAAUGAUGAAGAACCGAGUCAAAUCCAAAUCAAAUGUGGUCGUCAUCCGGUUCUUGAGUCCCUUUUGGGAGAUGGUUUUGUUCCUAAUGAUACCAACUUGCAUGCUGACAGUGAGUAUUGUCAGAUAGUCACCGGACCAAAUAUGGGUGGGAAGAGCUGCUAUAUUCGCCAAGUUGCUCUAAUAGCUAUAAUGGCACAGGUUGGUUCCUUUGUACCAGCGUCUUCAGCAAGGUUGCAUGUGCUAGAUGGAAUAUACACCCGCAUGGGUGCCUCUGACAGUAUCCAGCAAGGGACGAGCACAUUUUUUGAAGAGUUGAGCGAAGCUUCUCACAUACUGCGCAACUGCUCAUCCCGCUCUUUGGUCAUCAUUGAUGAGCUCGGUCGCGGCACGAGCACUCAUGACGGUGUUGCCAUUGCUUAUGCUACUCUCCAUUAUCUUCUCAAGGAGAAGAAAAGCAUGGUUCUUUUUGUCACUCACUACCCUAAGAUCUUAGAUAUUCAAAUGGAGUUCAAAAGCUAUGUUGGGGCGUAUCAUGUGUCCUAUCUUACAACAGAGCAACCCUCAGAAACUAUAGAUUCGGAGACUGGAUCUGGUGCAGGGAAACUGGAUCAAGGAGAAGUUACUUUUCUGUAUAAAGUUGUUAGAGGAGCAUCGGACAAGAGCUUUGGUCUUAACGUUGCUCGGCUUGCACAGCUUCCACCUUCCUGUAUUGCGAGGGCUGCUAUGAUGGCUUCCGAGCUAGAAGCAGAGUUGAGUGAACGGAAAAAUAAAACACAGAAGCUGGCGGAAAUGCCAACACAGCACGGAGAAUAUGAAAAUCUGCCGAAAUCUGCGGCAACUUCAUAUUCUGGACAGUUCAAAGAAUUGGAAGAGACAUUUCAAAAAGUUUUGUUGAGCAUAAGCUCUGCUCUGGCUGAAGCCGAACCGCUGUAUGUUAUGCGUUCUCUAAAAAGUAUGAGGGACCUUGCAGCAAAGAUGUUAGAAGAGUGAUUAUUAUCCGUGUAUGUUUUGAAUUUUGAUUUUUUGCUCCCAGGGCCAUCUCAGAGUUCUUACGAGAAGAGUUACUUUAAAUUAUGUUGGCCGCAGAUACCAGCAUUUCUAGUGCCAGAUUUUGUUACCUACUCUCUAUUUAUGAGAGAGGAAAAGGCAUAGAGUUUUUAAGCUUUACUUUGAUUUUUAGGUAUAUUUUUCUGUUUGUGAAGAUCAUCUCAUAUUUACUCGACCGCUUGGGCUGGUUGAUUUGUAAAAUUUUGAUGCUUGCGUUUACUGACUCAGUGAAUUUUGCCG